AAUGGCGGAGGUUGUUUUGGUUAGUAGUUUAGGCUACAGGUUAUUGCUAUCGUGCAAUGGAUUGUUUGUAAGCACUCGACCAUUAUUGAAGUAAAUCCCUGUAGGAUUGUGAAGUGAACUUUGUCAGGUUUUUUUCACGUUUUUCAUAUAUAAGUUAUUCCUCAACUGGAUUGCGGAAAGAAGAACCCAUAUCUACACUUACCUUUGUUUUAUUAUCGAUUUCAAACACCUUUAAAAGAAUCGCUUAGUCCUACCGACGAUCUCAAUGGAGAGAACCAAGCAGUGUCAUCACUGCAGUGACUUAUUCUGAUAGUUCCAGAUGUACUGAUCCCAAAAACAUGGAGGGUGAAUAUCUGCCGAGCGAUGUCUUUGAUACGGGGUCAGCUACAAAAGGGAGGAGUUUAGUGUACAGCGACCCGAGUGUACAGGUAGCGCACCUGGUCUUCACGACAGCGGCCUCCGCGUUUAUCCCCAUCAUCAUCCUCAGCAACAUGCUAGUCAUUUGGGCCGUCGUCUUCUACCCGAGCUUCUUCAACAGCCAGCACCUGUUCCACCUGAGUCUCGCCGUGUUCCAUCUGCUCUCUGGCACCCUGUGCCUGCCGUUGUAUAUCCUGAUGUUCUUCGAGUCGGUGAAGGCGGUGUCUUCAAACAAGUACGUGUGUUUGUUGAAACACUGCAGCGUCAACGUCGCGGCCGGAGGAUCGUUGUACUCCCUGUUCCUCAUUUCUUUAGACCGGUACAUCGCUGUUCUCCGACCCAGUAUCUACGCUAAAUGGAUGACGGUGGCCAAGUCGGUAGUCAUCAUCACCGCGUUGUGGCUUUUAACCUGGAUCCGCGCGUUCAUCCCCAUGAUGGGUUGGCACAACUACGACGACAGCAUCGAGAAUCUCAUCGAAAGAUGCGACGUGUACAAAGUUUUUCCUCCCCUGUACAUCCAGUACGUCGUCCUACUCCCGGGGGUGAUACUCCUCGCCGCGUCCACGGUCAUCAACGUUCACAUCUUCUUCAUCACGAAAGAACAGAAAGCGAUCUGCGACUCGGAAUGCGACAGCUGGACCCCGGACCAGCUCCGGAUGUUCAAGUUGAAAAUCUCCUCCUUGCAAGUCUCCAACAUCCUUCUCCUUCUCUUUCUCCUAUGCUGGAUGCCUUACUUCGUCAUCUCCUACUUAAAAAUUUGCCUCGUCCUCGACGAGAACACAUUUGAGAUCGCCUUCACCUUGGCGAUGAUGCUGUGUUUCGCCAACGCCAUGCUGAACGCGCCGAUGUACGCGGCGAUGAGGAACGACUACCGGGCCGUCUUCGCCAUGAUGGUGUACACGGCACCGUGGCGGUGGCCCAACCAACUGCACCGGCUCUUCAUCAUCCGCAACGUCCGGUUCUCCAUCCACUACGAGAGCGAGCUGAAGAAUCCGGAGGAGUGCUUUCAGGUCGACGACAUCUACCUGCGCCCGUCCAUAGUAGGGACUUUAAUCUUUUAAUCCGAUUGAAGCC